UGUUGUUGUUGUCGUGGCGGAAUUAUUGCUGCUCUGUGUGUAUAUAAUAACAAAACGAAGUGCUUAUUCAAAAUUACUUUCGAACAUAUGUUGAGGCAUUGCCAAAAUUAGCAGCACAACUAGUUUCGGCAGUGCUUGUGCUCGUCUGCGCGCGUGUGUGUGUGUGUGCGUGUGUGUAAGCUUCUCAUAGUGACGUCAGUCUUCCUUUAGCACAAAUCCUUUGCCAGUUUUCGCCUUUGGCGCCAGCAUGGUGCGUUGGAGUGCACGGUCGCGUCGGGCCCGCCAGGACCAGGUGGAGCUGCUCGCCAGCAAUAAUAAAAUUGGCGACGAUGACAACCCCGAUAACGCUGCCUAUCGCAAUUCCGGGGAUCUCUCGGACACGGAUGAAAUCUUUCUUAAGGGCCUUUUGCUCAGCAAUCCAUCAACGCCCCAUAAGGAACUUAUGCUGAAUCCAACCGAGCCGCAGCCAGUGCCCGCCUUUCUGCCCGCGCAUCUGAACAACAAGCCGAUCUGUGACGAUAUCAUACGUAAAUUCUCGCCCUCGCGACGUUUGGAAUCGCGCGAGCUAGCCAAGCUCCUGGCUCAACCUCACUUUCGUGCUCUGCUGCGUGCUCACGAUGAGAUAGGAUAUUUGUACGAGCAACGUUUGAAAAGUGCCGGUGGAUCCAUAACAAAACUCGAGGCGACAAGUCAACGCCAGUCGGGCGGCUAUCUCUAUACGGAAGACAUACUGAACAGCAAGAUGCCAGUGGAGACCAUCAAGAUGGUUGGACUGCGUCGGGAUCCCAAGCAGCCGCUGGGCCUGACCGUCGAGCUGGACGAGUUCAAGCAGCUGGUGGUGGCGCGCAUCCUUGCCGGCGGAGUCAUCGAUAAGCAGGGCAUGCUCCAUGUGGGCGAUGUUAUACUCGAGGUGAACGGCACACCGGUGCGCACGCCCGACGACCUCCAGGUGGAGGUGUCCCGGGCCAAGGAGAAUCUCACGCUCAAGAUCGGACCCAAUGUCGAUGAGGAGAUCAAAAGUGGUCGCUAUACGGUCAGUGGGGGUCAGGUAAAACAGAAUGGCAUCACAAAUCUUGAAUCGGGCAAGAAGCUAACGUGCUAUAUGCGCGCCCUGUUCACAUAUAAUCCGUCGGAGGAUUCGCUGCUGCCCUGCCGGGACAUUGGUUUGCCCUUCAAAUCGGGCGACAUAUUGCAGAUUAUCAAUGUGAAAGAUCCCAAUUGGUGGCAGGCAAAGAACAUAACCGCCGAGUCGGAUAAAAUUGGUCUGGUGCCAUCGCAGGAGCUCGAGGAGCGGCGCAAGGCGUUUGUGGCGCCCGAGGCGGAUUAUGUGCACAAGAUUGGCAUCUGUGGCACGCGGAUAUCGAAGCGCAAGCGGAAGACCAUGUAUCGUUCGGUGGCGAAUUGUGAGUUCGACAAGGCCGAGCUGCUGCUCUAUGAGGAGGUCACUCGCAUGCCGCCGUUUCGCAGGAAAACUCUGGUACUGAUUGGCGUCUCCGGCGUGGGCAGACGCACGCUCAAGAAUCGGCUGAUCAACAGCGAUGUGGACAAAUUUGGCGCCGUGAUUCCACAUACGAGUCGCCCGAAGCGCGCCUUGGAGGAGAACGGCGUUAGCUAUUGGUUCAUGGAUCGCGAGGAAAUGGAGGAGGCAGUCAAGCAAAACGAGUUUCUCGAAUAUGGCGAACACAAUGGCAAUCUCUAUGGCACCCAUUUGCAGUCGAUCAAGGAUGUGAUCAAUAGCGGUCGCAUGUGCAUAUUGGACUGUGCGCCGAACGCCUUGAAGAUACUGCACAAUAGCCAGGAACUGAUGCCAUUUGUUAUAUUCAUUGCGGCGCCGGGCAUGGAACAGCUGAAAACUAUCUAUGCCGAUCGCCGUGCGACCGGCUCCAAUAGAAAUCUAUCUUUCGAUCGUCAGAGCUCCAUACGCUUCAGCUCCAGGCGCGCACGCACUCUCGAGUCGCUGGCAUCGCUCUAUGAGGACGACGAUCUCAUUUCGACGGUGGAGGAGAGCAGCUUUGUUCAACGCAAAUAUGAGAAAUACUUCGAUAUGGUCAUUGUCAACGAAGAUUUUGACGAGACGUUCCGUCAGGUGGUCGAGACCCUGGACCAGAUGAGUCACGAGGAGCAGUGGGUGCCCGUCAAUUGGAUCUACUAGAGCGUGCAGUGCAAACGAAAGCUUCUAUAUAUAUAGUAUCUAUUGUAUUCCAACAAACGAAAUAUCUUCUACAUAUGCAAUAUUGUAUAAUUUAAAAAAAAAAAGGCCCUCCGCUUGAUUUAAUUUGGUUUCCUUAAGCUUAAGUCUAAUGUUAUUGUAUGAAACGAAUUCGUCCAUUUGCAAGCUGUUUUUCAUUUGCAUGCUACUUAUUUUAAUUUUUAUAUAUUUUUUAAAAACGGUUUUCCAUGCAUUUCAUAAAGGCAACUUUUUGCUUUCUAGCAAUUUUACGUAUAUUAUUGAAUGAAUCUCUCGAGUACAACCGAUUCUUUUACAUAUAAUUUUAGUAACCAAACUCUGCCAAUAUUUUCAUGAUAGUUUUUAGUUGAAAUACGUUUUGUUUGAGUAAAAUGUCGAAGUUUGUGCGAUAAUUAGCAAAAUGUUGAUGACAAAUAAAUGUGUGCAUUUGGCUCAAA